UAAGCACUCUGACGUCACAAUCUAGAAACCUUCUUCCACACUAAUCGCACUCGCAAGCCAAGACCAGUCCCGUGACUCCCCGAUCUCCGGCCAUGGCCGCGCGGCGCCCCGGAUCCACCGCCCCCAGGUCAUGGCUGCUCCUCCUGGCCGCCUUCGCCCUCCUCUGGGCCCCGCCGCCGGCGCGCGCCCUCCGGUUCGACCUCGAGUCGGGGCACACCAAGUGCAUCUCCGAUGAGAUCAAGGUUAACGCCAUGGCCGUCGGCAAGUACCACGUCGUCGGGCCCGACCCCAACUUCCCCGACGCCCAGCUCCCUGAAUCCCACCGCAUCUCCCUCAGGGUGACGUCGCCGUACGGGAACAGCAUGCACUACGCGGAGAACGUGCAGUCGGGGCACUUCGCCUUCACGGCAACGGAGGCGGGCGACUACCUGGCCUGCUUCUGGGCGCCCGACCACAAGCCUCCGGUCACCGUCGUGUUCGAGUUCGACUGGAGGAGCGGCGUCUCGGCCAAGGACUGGCCCAGCGUCGCCAAGAAGGGCAAGGUCGAUAUGAUGGCACUGGAGUUGAAGAAGCUAGGGGAGACUAUAAAAGAUAUCCAAGAAGAAAUGUUUUAUCUACGUGAAAGGGAGGAGGAAAUGCAGAACCUGAACAGGAAAACAAACUCAAGGAUGGCUUGGCUCGGUUUCCUCACGCUUGGCAUCUGCUUAUCUGUGGCGGGUUUGCAGCUGUGGCAUCUGAAGACCUUCUUCGAGAGAAAGAAGCUGCUGUAGUCCUUCCAUGAUUCACGAUAGAUCACAGCACAGAAUGGCUAGGUGUAACUUUUUUGUGUGAUCCCAUGUAAGAGACGAUGUUUGUCAUACUUGAGAAAUAUGCUUCAGUGUGCUCAAGCCCAUCGAGUUGAAAUUCUAAAAAAGGUUGUAAAAAACUAAAAUGUCUUCCGGUCGAUAGUUCAUUGUGAUUUGGAGCA